AUGAAGAUGCACUAUGAAAUUUCUGCCACAGAAAUCAAAGAGAUGAUUCAGACACAAACAUCAAGAGAACAAUGUCAGAAAGGAGCCCCAACAUUACAGACUGGGUCCUGGAUGAAAACAAGGAGAGCAGAACAACUUGUGUGCAUACCCCGGCUCCGGAAGCCCAUUGCCAUGCACCUGAACCUGGUCAGCGCAUUGAGCAUCAUUUUUGAGUCCAUGCCCUUCAUCGUCUUCUCGUAUGGCGUCCUGUGUUUCUGGGAUGAUGCCAUGUGUAAGGUGGUGCUUUUCCUGUUCAGGGUCACACGGGGACUGUCUGCCUGCACUAUCACCUUCCUGAGUGCUUUCCAGGCCUUCACCAUCACCUGCACCCCUGCCCUUUGGGCUUGGCUAAAAAGCCGAUCCUCCUCCUGCAUCCUCCACUCGCUGCUCUCCUUCUGGAUCUUGAAUUCCUUCAUCUAUUUCCACAUGAUUGAAUCUGUGGAAUCCAAUUACAAUUCAACCGUCAUGAGCCUGGGAUUUUCUCAUCCCUACUAUGCUCCAUUCCUGGUCCUCAUGCUGGCCCCCAGCCUCUACAUGGUGACACUCCUCUACGGACACCGCUGCAGAGCCCGGCACCUCCACAGUCCCAGCCUUGCCUCCCAGCCACUGCCCGAGAAAAUAGCCACUCACACCAUCCUGCCGCUGGUCAGCUGCUUCGUCUUCUUCCAUUGCUCCAACAACAUCAUGAUUGUGUAUUCCUUGUACACGCUGGAGAAAUUGAAUAAAUACAAGGCUGUGCUUGUGAUGUUGUCCUUCAGCUACCCCACUCUCUUCCCGUUCUUGCUCAUGAAGAAUAACAGAAUGGUUUCAGGAUGGUUCAUUCACUCAUGUUAUACCAAGAAUGAUCCAUUUUGA